GUCACCGAGCGGUGGCGGGAAACCUGGGAAACCCCGGUCUUGGGACGGUCGUGGGAAUGGCUGAGCUGGACUCGGAUGCCGGGAGCGAUGAAGUGGUGCUCACGCCCGCUCAGCUCAUCUGCAGUUUGGAGGAGGCUUGGAUGAAUGAGAAAUUUGCCCCGGAGCUGCUCGAAAGCAAAACAGAAAUUGUUGAAUGUGUCAUGGAGCAGCUUCAACACAUGGAAGAGAAUUUGAAACGAGCCAAACAAGGAGAUCUAAAAAUCAGCAUUCAUCGCAUGGAGGUGGAAAGAAUCCGUUACGUUCUCAGCAGUUACUUGCGCUGCCGACUUCGGAAGAUUGAGAAAUAUUUCCCCCAUGUCCUGGAGAAGGAAAAGACUCGGGGAGAAGGAGACCCAUCUAUCUUGUCCCCAGAAGAGUUUGCCUUUGCCAAAGAGUACAUGGCAAACACAGAGAACCAUCUCAAAAACGUUGCACUGAGACAUAUGCCUCCAAACCUUCAGAAAGUUGAGUUCCUCAAGGCCGUUCCCAAGCCCAACCUGGAUGCCUUCGUCUUCCUGAGAGUGAAAGAGAGACAAGAAAAUAUAAUGGUGGAGCCGGAACAUGAUGAGCAAAGAGAGUACGUGAUCGAUCUGGAUGAAAACUCCCAACAUUUGAUCCGCUACAAGACAAUUGCUCCCUUGGUGGCCUCUGGUGCAGUUCAGCUCAUUUAGACCAGAUGGAUUUACAGACGCCAUUUUUUUGCCAAGUUACCAAUCCUAAGACUGACCUGCGUGCCUGGGGAGCACAGUGCUUGACGAUGUGCCUAACUUUGGGAAUUUAAUUCAACUGGUUUGAUUCCAGUAUCGGAUGCCCGAACGGCUGUUUGUGCUGCUGAAACAAUGCUGUGCAACUCCAUCCCUGGUGGAGAAAAGAUUUGGAAAGUAGAGUGGUCCAGCUCAGCAAUUUAAGGACAUAUCAUUACCUGUCCAGCAGGUGGCAGUAGGCCUGUUCUAUAAGGGCCAGAUUCAAGCCAUGGAAUGGAAAUAUGAAAUGGUAUAGCAAA